AUUGUACCUAGAAUAAUCGUAGAAAAAUGAUUAAGAAAAUAGUAAUACUUUUCGCUUCGGUAUUUUUGGAAAACUGUGCAGCAGAUGUAAAUUUGGACAAACUAUGCUUAAAACCGAACGGGCAAUUUCCCGGCACAUCUUGCAACAAAUUCGUUAAUUGUGGAAAUGGAAAAGCAACAGAACAGAACUGUCCCAAAGAUCUCUAUUUCUCGCCUAAAAAAUUACGUUGCGACUAUCCAGCCAACGUUGAUUGUGCCGGUCAGGAAGAAUUACUGAAAUUUUGUUUUAAACGGCGGGGCGUUUUCCCUGGCACGACUUGCGAGAAAUACGUUGUUUGUUGGGACGGUUGGGUCAAGGAAAUAGAAUGUCAACAUGGAUUGCUCUUUUCCGUAACCAGAGGACAUUGUUACUGGCCUCAUGACGUCAAGUGUGAUAAUAUAAAUUUGAAGAAAUUUUGUCUGAAACCCAGAGGGCAAUUUCCCGGUACAAAGUGCAAAAAAUACGUAAAUUGUCACGAUGGUAUCGUCGUUGAACAGGAAUGUCCAGGCAACUUGAUUUUCUCUCCUACUAAACUCCACUGCGAUCAUCCCAAGAAUGUUAAAUGUAGUGAUAGAAAAAUAGAGUUUAUCGACAAUAACAAGUACAUGGGAUGCGCAGGUAUUUCAAACGUUCACAUCAGAUCUAACAAAACCAAUAAUUACCUAGUAGUAAGAAAAGAUACUGGCUCAGAAGAUUUUAAAAACAUCUCAGCAGUGCAAGAAAAAAAUUUAUUAAAUUUAUCUGCGACGAAAUCGUGGAAUGUAUUUUUAUGCGGUAAUGGUCUUUAUGUAAUCAGUUCUGUAGACCAACCAGGAAAUAUUUGGGACAAAGAAGAUGGAUGCCAAUAUGAAACACCUCUUGUGGGUAUAUAUCCUAAAACUUCAAAUCCGUUCGGUGUACAGGGAAACAAUUUUUUCGACAUAAAUGCAGAAACAGGGGUAAUUCAAGUUUGUAAAAGCAAAUGUGUCUAUGUAAAUGAGGAAAAUAAUUUAGAGACCACUGAAAAUUGCUCAACAGUUGAGGACAAUGUAUUUUAUAUCGAGAGACAAAAAACCAGCGAUCUGUUUCUAUCAUUGUUUAGAAAGUAAUUAAAUUGAUUGUUUUGAUCCGUCAAAUAAACUAAUCUUCUUACUAAAUUGCUCUACACUUUUUUUAAAACGUUUUUAACAAAUAUUAAGAGUAAAUCAUUCUA